AUGGACGCAACCAACGCAGGCAGGUCCACAGAAAAGGCCGUCAGUACCCGUACGACGGACAACAUUGAGGCGACCUCGGAGACACUGAGUCUGGAGGAAAAGAACGAGAAGGAAGUCAUCGAGCAUCCGGAUGAAAUCACCCAAGAUGCCCAGAUUGGAGUGCAAAAAGCCGAAGCUACGGCCCUGGUGUGGUCCAAGACCGCUUUGUAUGCCACAUAUGCCUGGAUCUGGGUAUGCUUCUUUAUCCUCGCCCUGCAAUUAUCCAUUAGCAGCAAUAUGAUCUAUUACGCCUACGCAAGCUUCUCGACGGCCCCCCAGAUCUCCCAGGCCUACAUCCUCUCCACCAUCAUUGGUGGGGUGAUCCAGCUGCCCAUCGCAAAGAUUCUCAACCUCUGGGGCCGUGCCGAGGGCUUCCUUAUUUUCCUCGUCGUCCUCAUCGUCGGUAUUAUCGUGAUUGCGUCCUGCAAUGGCCCCAAUGGCUUUGCAGCCGGAUACACGCUGUAUUGGAUCGGUUACAGUAAUCUCAGCUUCAUCUUGAGUGUCUUUGUCGCCGACGCGUCCGGGCUGCGAAACCGAGCGUUUGUCUACGCCUUCAUUGGCACCCCUACCAUCUGUACCGCUUUUGUCGGCCCGCUAGCUGCUGAGGCGUUCUAUGCCCAUUCCACGUGGCGGUGGGCUUACGGCUGCUUCGCUAUCAUCAUCCUCUUCACUUUUGUGCCACUUGCACUUGUUUUCAAGUUCUACCAGCACAAGGCAGAGAAGAUGGGAGUCUUCGUCAGGUCUCCACGCGGCCGUACGCCCCUACAGUCGUUCAUGCAUUACUUUCAUGAGUUCGAUAUCGUCGGCGCCUUUCUCCUUAUGGCCGCCUUUGUCCUUUUCCUGCUGCCCUUUAGUCUCGAGACCUACGGCUACAGCGGGUAUUCCUCGGCAACCUUCAUCAGCAUGGUUAUCAUCGGUGUUCUGCUCUUCCCAGUCUUUGCUAUAUGGGAGAAAUUCUUUGCCAAGACCGCUUUUAUCAAGUGGCAACUAUUCAAGAACCGGACUGUCCUCGGGGCCUGCGUCCUAUCCGCCGUCAUAUUCUUCAACUAUAACACAUGGAAUCAGUAUUACUACUACUAUAUACAGGUUGUGUAUAACCUGGAUACAUCAAAGACUGGAUACAUGACGGAAAUAUAUGGCGUGGGGUCGACCGUUUGGGCGGUCCUAUUUGGUAUCUGGAUUCGUCAGACUAAACACUUCAAGAAAAUAUGUCUGUUUUUUGGUGCACCGCUGAUGCUGCUUGGCGCUGGUCUCAUGAUCCACUUCCGUGGCAGCGCGAGCAAGAUCGGCUACCUGAUUAUGUGCCAGAUCUUUAUUGCCUUCGGCGGCGGUACCCUUGUCAUUGGUGAUGAGAUGGCUGUCAUGGCCGCCGCCGACCGCGAUGGCAUCCCCAUGAUGAUCGCCAUGAUCAGUCUGUCCGGUAGUUUUGGCGGGGCCAUUGGCUACGCCGUUGCCGGCGCCAUUUACUCCAACACCUUUCCUCAGGCUCUGCUCAGCGCCCUUCCCGACAACGCAAAAGCGGACUAUGCCACCAUUUACCUCGGCGGCUCUACCGCUCAGUUGAUGUACCCCCCUGGCAGUGAUACCAGAAAUGCUAUCAAUCACGCGUGGGCAGAUAGUCAGAAGUACGAGUGUAUCACGGCCGCCGUCGUUGUUGUCCUCGCUUUCCCGGCCAUUGCUGUGUGGAAGAACUACAAUGUCGAUAGGAAACAAGUCAAGGGCACGGUCAUCUAG